UCCGCCCCCUCUCUUAAGCUGCUCUGCCGGUCAGCCCCUAUCUGUAUUACCUUUUCACCUUCCUCCAACUCUUCAAGAAAGUUUAUGGCACAUUAAGGAAAACAGACCUCACACCCACCAUGUGGUAACCUUAAUUAAAUCAAACAUUAAAAGAAGCAAUUAAAAAAAAUCAAACUAAAAAGGAAGAUAUUUCAUUUGGAAUGGAUAGAGCAAGUGAAGUGACAAAGUGAGCAAACAGGAAAAAAAAAAAAAAAAACAGCAAGGCAUGGCCACAGCCCUUCACCCAUCACCAAAACCACUCCAACUAAGCCUCUUCUUUCCCUCCACAACCAACUUCCUUUCACCGAUCCUUCCAAGUCUCCACCACAGCCACCGCCACCGCCACCACAGCCUCAAAAGCUCAAUUCCAAAAAUACCCUUCUCAUCAUCCUUCAGAAAUGGAAGCAACACCCCACCAGGAACAGAGUGCCCUGUUCCACAAGACCAGCAGCCCAUAAACGAGUACCAAACCCUCUCGACCUCCUUCCCGUUCUCGUGGGCCGCCGGUGACAUUGUCGAAUACGGUUCCAGAUUGUUCGUCACCGGCGCUUCUUUUGCAAUCUUAAUCGGCCUCCCCGUGGCCUGGUUCGGCGCCGUGGGGCCCGACCAAGAGCCUUUUAAGCGGAUUAUCUGCUCUGUUUCAAGUGGGGUUUUGGUGGUGACUCUUGCCGUUGUGAGGAUGUACCUGGGUUGGGCUUAUGUGGGGAAUCGACUGCUUAGUGCCACAGUUGAAUAUGAAGAGACAGGCUGGUAUGAUGGCCAGAUAUGGGUGAAAACUGCUGAAGUUUUGGCACGUGACAGGCUCCUUGGUUCAUUUUCUGUGAAGCCUGUGCUGAGCAGAUUAAAAUUUACUCUUGUGAUUCUUGCUGCAUCAUUAUUUGUAUGUGUUCUUCUCCUCAUUAACAUUGAUGGAGGCCAAAAGUUGUCCAAUAUCACAUCAGAAAUUGGAGUAAUACCUGGAGUUUACAAUGAUGAGUCUGCAAGAGCAUUCGAGCCAGAUGCAUUCUGUGGUGAACCUGGUCUUCCCUAAUAGUCAGCCUGAAGCUGCUUUCAAUUACUAUAUAAUAAAUAUUAUUUAGUGUAUAGGCAGAAGCAUGACUUCAAAUCCCAUAUUGUACAGUUCUUCAUAUUGCUAUAGAUAUAUGCGUUCUCAUGUAAUUACUGUGAAAGCAAAAUUGAAUAGAUUAUAUUUCGCCUGGAGCUAUAUCAAGUAUAACAUUUUGAGAGGCUAA